AUGGUCGAGCAGCAGACGCAAAAGCCCGCGCCUGUCGCCAAGAGCAAUGGCGCGCCCGCGGCCGUCGCGAUCAAGCAGGAGCCCAUGGCGGUGAAGUCGGAAAAGGCUGCUGUUAACAACAAGAAGACCAAGUCCGUGCCUGAUCUUCCGCGCGAGGUGCUGCAGUACGCACCGCUGCUGGUCGGCAAGUACUACAUUCAGGACAAGCGUGCCGUUUGGUCCGGCAUGUGGGGCAUGAGCGAGGCGGCGUUCGGCCCCAACGGUAUCAUCAGUCCGUUCGAGAUGAAGUCGCAAGACGACGUCUCCAUCCCCAUGUGCUCUGGUGCGGCGGACAGCGUGCACCCGGCGAUCUCCGGAUCAGCGCUUGCACGGUCUUCCAGGACGACGAAUGCUGCUGCCAGCGAAGUGUCGCCGGUGUACUUCGGCUACGAAACGGAUGCGAGUGUGCGGUCGGCGAUGCCUUUUCAGGGAAAGUACAGCGGUUCCUUCCAGAUCCAGGCUACGAAGGGCAAGCACCAGACUGUGGCGGAGAACGACGUCGAGAUCCGCUUUGUGCACGACGCCAUCAACCCGUCGCAGUUUAUCGUUUCAGGCGCUGGCGAAAACCGAUUCGGCCUAUUUACGCUUCACGGAUUUUUGGACAAGGAGACAAACGAGCUGCGUUUGUACAAGGUCUACAAGCCGAAGGACCCCGUAAAGCGCGCGCUUCCGCGUCGUGCGAGAUCGGCUCGUGCGGCUACUCCGGCGGUCAAGCGGGAAGUGAAGGCCCUUUCGAUCUCCGCCCCAGGCGUUGCUGCGAUUACUGCUUCGGUGGAUGUUGCCAAGAUCGCGACCCCUCUCGCCGGCCCUACUAUUGUGGCUCCGCGAAAGGUCGGCACUCCGAUGUCGGAUUAUUCUUCGCCGUCGUUGGUAUUGGGACGCUCCGAGCGGAAGCGGUCGAUUCCCGCGCACCUUCGCGAAGACAAUAUUCUCGAUCUGGAUCAUGCCCCGAUGAGCAUGAAGAAGUGCCUGAGUAUCUUGAAGGGCCUCAUGUCGAACCCGAAAUCCGCACCCUUCUUGGUUCCAGUGGACCCCGUAGCGCUGGGCAUUCCAGAUUAUUUCCAUGUUAUCAAGGAGCCGAUGGAUCUCGGAACUAUUCGGAGCAACUUGGAGACCGGCUUCUAUGACACUCCGUCAGCGUUUGCAGAGCAUGUGCGCCUCGUGUUUCGGAAUGCAAUGCUCUACAACGCCGCUCACAGCCAAGUACACAUCUACGCCCGCAAGCUCAUGGACGACUUUGAAAGGCGAUUCAAGAGUCUGAAUGUGAAGCUGUCCACCAAGUGCAAGCUGUCGGAUCCCAAGUCGAAGAAGGAUCAGAAGGCAGGCGGAACUCACUCUUCGAAGAAAAUCCGAGGAGGCAAGGGCACAAAGGGCAACACCAAGCGACAAUCUUCAGGUGACGAUACGGGAUUAAUCAUGUCGUUGAAGGAAGACAUCGAGCGUCUAAAGGCGACCCUGGAGCAACUUCAACCAAGCAUGGCGAAGGCUGUUGCUUCCAAGCCGACGAAAGCCGCUGCCCGACCGUUCAAGAUGGAGGAUUUGACCGAGGAGGAGCUGAACGAGCCUAUGAGUCAGAUGGACAAGGCUCGGUUGAGUUCCGACAUCAAAUUGCUCCCGCAGGACAAAAUCAAUCGUGUCCUACAGAUCAUUGCGGAAGCUGUUCCGGUUGCAAAGCUGGCCAACGAGAACGACGAAGUAGAGUUAGACAUCAACGCGUUCGACACCCGGUGCUUGCGAAUGCUGGAAGGAUAUGUUAGGGAAAACGGGAUUGGCCGCAAGCGCAAGCGUCCUGCUAAAAAGUCCAAGAUGGCGCCAGCUGACAAGCGACUUAAGUCUGCGAAGGUGGCGGCGUUGAAUAUCCGAAACCGCCAGGAGGAACUUAAGAACGAGCUGGCAGCAAUUGAUCGCGAUGCUACCAGUGGAGCACGCCCAGCGCCCGGAGAUGGUGCUGAUCGACGCUUGGAUCAGGAUGUUGCCAUGACAGACGUGGAUGCCGACACUGAAGCUGCGAAGAAGGGUGGCGAAAGCUCAUCGGAGAGUUCGUCUAGCUCUUCCGAGUCGUCAGACUCGGAUAGUGAUAGCGAUAGUGAUUCCGAUUCGGACGACGGCGGCGCUCCUCUGGAAAGGUCCCCACCGCUCUCAAGUGCCCCGAGUUUGUCACAAAUUGACCCUUCCGCCUCAGUCCAUGCCGAUGCAGCGAAGAAGAUCCGCGACGAGCAGCUAUCGAGCUCCGAGCCUCUGCGUGUGGAGAAUCGUGGUGCCUGGAGCAUGCUUGCCAAGAAGGAAACUCCUAACGGAACACCGCUGCCUCAAGCUAAUGGAAGUCAGUCGAGCUCGCUGUGGCUCUCUGCACGCUCGAUGGAACAGAUCAAGCAACAGAAGAUCCAGCAGAAGGAAAAGGAGCGUACCGAUGAACUGGAAGCGUUGAAGCGGCGGGAGACCGAGCUACGCGAAAAGGAGAAGGAGCGCGAGCAGGCCGAGCGACGGAAGCAGGAGCAAGAGCAGGCGGCGAAGCUCGCGGAGGAGAAGCGUAUUCGGGAGGAGCGUGCCCGCGAUGCUGAACGCUUGCGUCUUGCCCAGCUCGCUAUGGAGCGUGAGAAGCUGGCUCGCGACGAUGAUGUCGAGCUUCACGACGCCACCCUGAGCGAGGAUCUGGAUGCAUUCAGCUCGUCCUCAUUUUUCAGUCAGACGCAAGUGAACGAUCUGCACAAGAAGUUCGAGGAGCUCAAUGAGGAGGUCUCGGCAGCGCUGCACGUCCAGCAGGAUGCCGUUGCAACCGCGUCAGCCUUUGGAGGACGCAGCAAUCUUGCCGCUGCAAGGAAAGAUGCGAUACGACUCGCCAAGAAGACUGGGGGCUGGCGCGGCGACGUGACGGCUCUGGCGAAGCACAUCGACUUGCAACUGCAGCACAGCCGCGCCCUGCGCUCGCACUAUGCGCAGUCAUUGAUCAGUACUUCGGCUCAGAAGCAGCAGGAAGAAGCUGAAGGCUCCCGGCUGCGUUGUCUCCGAUCGGACCUACGGCUGCUGCAGGACUUCCGGAAACAACUCAAGGCCUUCAUCGACAAGAACGCGAAGAAGGAGAAGAUGGGAAGUAAGCAAGAACAGUUUGCACUAGCGCUGGAGCUCUUCGAGAUGCGCCGCGAAGUCAUGAGCCGGAUCUCGGAGGACCUGCUCAAGGAGAAAAAGCAGAUAGAUGUUGAAGUUGGCCUCGAAGACGACCUUGCACACUUGCAAGCCAAGUUUGAAGAGGAGAAGAGAGCCCACCUAAACGGAAAGAAGUGGUUUAUGCCGAAGAUUCAGAAGUUGGAAGAUGUGACCCUGUCAACUGCCAAGGCUUUUGAGGAAGUGAAACUCAGCGUCGAGCUGAUGACCAACAUGUACAAGCAUCUUAGCAGCACACUAGCAGCUCAGCAAGAAGGUGAAGAUGAACUGAAGCGAGAGCGUGACCAAGUCUCACUGUUGCUUUCAAGCGAAAUCAAAAAGAUCGCUGCUCUCACCAAGGAGAACGAGCGGAAGGAUCGUCUUGUCACACUUGCGAUGGCUGCGCGGUAUGAAAUGGUGCAGCAUGCAAACCGACAAGAGCAGCUAGCGAAGGAAGCAUGUGAACAGCGUAACCAGCUGGAAUCUCGUGCGCAUCAAGCUGAAGCCGAGGCAAGUACACUGAAGCAGCAGCUUCAAGACGCUUUUGAACGCUUUGAAGCUACAAACACUACCCUCAGCAAUGCGAAGAUAUCGAUUGUGCAGCUGCAAAACGAAGUACGCUCCAGUGCAGAAGCCGCUGCGGCGAAAGAAGCAGAGCUACUUGCCGCGUUCGAGAAACAGCAAACCGCAUUGCAGCAAAAGCUGGACAAGACCAAGCGCGAGCUCAUGGAGUCCAUGUCUGAAAUGCUCAACCUGGAUAGCAGACUUCGCCGAGCGCAGGAAAAACUAGCUAAGCAGGCGGCUGAUGCCUCAAGUGGGUAA